AUGGCCGAAGCCACUGCCGUGCUGCCUCCGCCAAUCGCUGCCGGCCAUGGCGGUGUCUCUCCGCCGUCGGCGUCCACGACGUCGCCCCUCCUGACACACGGCAGCGGUCGUGUCGCGGGUCGGAACCUGCGACAGAAAGUCGUGGACGAGCUCAAGAACGUGCGCGUGCGCAAGAGUCCCGCCCAUAAGGACAUGAAGCUCAUGACGCGCAGCUCGGCGGUUCCCCCACCCCCGCUGCCGCCGCCGCCGCUCCAGCUCAAUGACGACGUGGGCGAGCACGAGGACCACGACGAGAGCGACGCGCAGACGAGCGGCAAAGCUGCGCGCGGCGGCGGCUGCAGCAUCUGCGAGCGGUCGUUCACGGUCUUCCGCGCGAAACACACGUGUCGCCUCUGCGCGCACAAGAUCUGCGACGACUGCAGCAAGAACCGGAUGAAGCUGCACCGACGGCUGGAGCGGAAAAAGGGCUCGCGACUCUGCGAUCCCUGUGCGAGGAGCUACAUGCAGUCGGAAACUGGCAGCGGAGAAGACACGACGGGGCAUGCGGACCCGGAUGCUGCGCUGCGGCUCGGAAUGGCGAUGCACAAUCAAGACAUGAGGGCGCACAAACGAGACAAGGACAAUGUUGUAGUUGAUGCUGGUGCUAGUGCUGCGUUCUCGGCUGGCCACGGCAAGUCACGUCGCCACUCGGUGCAGUCACAUAACCAGAAGCUGACAAAGGUGAGUUAUGCACAGGACAAAGCUCAGGUGAACAAGUUUCCUGGAGUCGGUGCUGUUUCAAGCCGAGGAGCUGGUGCUGGGAGAAUGUUGAAGACACGGCACAACAGAGAACGGGUCCAAUCUUACUCGUCUCAUCUGCGUACGCGCCACUGGAUGUCGCUCCUGCUUCUCGCUGUGCUUGUGAUGCUGCGUGUGAUUUUCUACACCUGGAGCGCCGAUAGUGCUCUGGUCUCUGAUACACGUGCUUCAAGUCGAGCUCAGCUGCCGUACUCGUUCAUAGAGCGUGCAUUGGACAACUUGCUGUCGAUACACACGCUAGGCACGUAUUUGCUGGGCUUGGUGCUGUUUGACGAGCUGUCUCGGCCUAGAAGUGGCAAUGGCGCUGCGAAGAAACCGCACACGCGACGUCACCGUCGACAUCGUCAUAGAAGCAGUUCUAGCAGUUGUGAACAUGAGCGCGAGCGCGCGUUGUCGGUCGCUGGCGUUGGUGGCAGGCGACAUGCUCCUGACUCGGUGAUCCCUUUGUUGCCUGACACGUCCCAUGACGAUGACUUGGAGGUGACGGUGAUUGAGCAGAAAUUCGAUGACGAAGGCGUUACAGUGGAGAAGCUUGUGGCAUCGCUUGAAGAAGGGGUCAGGAAACGGGCUCCUGAUGGUAACCUGAGCCUUGGGUGCUUUAUGGACACCUGCAACGUCAUCUGCGGCUUUCUGGGCGUCUUCGGUCGAGCAACCUCUUUCGCCGGUAGUACUGUUGGAGCCUACUUCACGUCGAUUGACCACAACCUCGAGAUGUGGACUGAACCGACGUCGUGGAAAGAGCAGAGUGUGAAAGCGGUGAUUGAACAAGAGGUGGGUCUGGGUGUGGCCGAUGUGGGUGGCAAGAAGAAGCCGUCGUGCUCUCGCUGUCUCUUGCGGCUGUUGUGGUUUAUCCAGUUCGUCGAGGCUUGCUUGCGCCUGACGCUGCUUGACUCGAGCGAUGACAACUGCUACAGCGGCGCCAGCAAGGCUUACGAGGAGACUCUUGGCAAGCGUCAUCCGUGGCUUGUUCGAAAAGGCGUCAACACCGCGCUCGGGUCGAUUCCUACGCGCAGUCACAUCCUUGCCGAGCUGCACAAAGGAGAAGGCGAUGCGCUUGAGCCGCUCCGCAAGGCACAUGUCGAACUUUUGCGCGUCAUUGCCGAGCUCAAGGCCAUCUUUGAAGCGCAUGGACUGACGGACAUCAAGUGA